CAAUGUUAUUCAUCAAUGAAAUGCGCCAUUUUGAAAUGAAAUUACCCUAUUUUUCUCCUAAAUACUAUCGGUUCUAUAUCAAGUACAUCAUCAUCUUAGUGAACGAGCGUGGGUUAUAAAUAUAAUCUUGAAAGGAUACUGGAUAUCCUUUGGAGUUUUUUUGAACCCAGCACCAUGGCCGUUUCAGGCGAGGUGCAAUGGUGCUUUUCUCAAGUCAAAGGAACCGUAGAUGAUGAUGUAACAGAAGCCGAUAUAAUUUCAACAUGUGAAUUCAACCACGAUGGUGAACUACUUGCGACAGGUGAUAAAGGAGGGAGAGUAGUAAUCUUUCAACGAGAAGAUUCAUCAAGAAAUUCCACACCACCAAGGGGUGAAUACAAUGUGUACAGCACCUUCCAAAGCCACGAGCCUGAAUUUGACUAUCUCAAAAGUUUAGAAAUAGAAGAAAAAAUUAAUAAAAUCAAAUGGCUUCCCAGGCAAAAUCACGCACAUUUCCUUCUUUCAACAAAUGAUAAAACUGUCAAAUUAUGGAAAGUAUCUGAAAGGGACAAGAAAUGGACGGGUUCGUCCAACCUGAUGGGGGAGGAUGGAGUUCUCCUUGAUCCAGCUAGUAUCACCUCCGUCAGGUUACCCAAGGUGGAACCCAUGGAGCUGAUGGUGGAGGCAAGCCCAAGGAGGGUGUUUGCCAACGCACACACCUACCACAUCAACUCAAUAUCCGUCAAUAGUGAUGGCGAAACGUACAUAUCAGCGGAUGAUCUCCGGAUUAACCUCUGGCAUCUAGGCAUCACCGAUCAGAGUUUCAAUAUUGUAGAUAUAAAACCAGCCAACAUGGAGGAUCUAACAGAGGUCAUCACGGCGGCUGAGUUUCAUCCAAAGGAUUGUAAUUUAUUUGUGUAUAGCAGUUCCAAAGGAACUAUUAGGGUAUGUGACAUGCGCCAAUCCGCACUCUGCGACCAGAGCGCUAGAAUCUUUGAAGAACCGGAGGAUCCGAGCAAUAGGUCAUUCUUUUCAGAAAUUAUUUCAUCAAUAUCAGAUGUCAGGUUUAGUCACAGUGGUAGAUUUCUUAUAUCAAGAGACUAUCUUUCAGUAAAGGUGUGGGAUCUUCUUAUGGAUUCCAAGCCAGUAGAAACCUUUCCCGUCCACGAGUACCUUCGAAGCAAGCUAUGUUCUCUCUAUGAGAAUGACUGCAUAUUUGACAAGUUUGAGUGUGUUUGGAAUGGCUCAGACAGUUCAAUCAUGACAGGUUCAUACAACAACUUCUUCAGGAUAUUUGACCGCAGCACGAGUCGCGACGUCACCCUGGAGGCCUCCCGCGAGAACACGAAACCUCUCCAAGUGCUGAAGCCGCGGCGGGUCGGCACCGGCAGCAAGCGGAAAAAGGACGAGAUCAGCGUUGACAGCCUGGACUUCAACCGUAAGAUCCUCCACACUGCAUGGCACCCGCGGGAGAACAUCCUGGCAGUAGCAGCUACAAAUAACUUGUACCUCUUCCAAGAGAAGCCUCCCAGCUAAGCCAUGGCCUUACUUGCACCACCUUUACUGUAGUCUCUUUGAAAAUAUAGAAUCACCCUCUCUACAUAGAGAAAGAGAGGGACUUAUAGGUUAUUUGAGAAGUGAUUUGGAAAGGACAGAUUUAUGUUCAAGUGUUUGGGUAUUGGUCAGCAUGGCAUUGAGUGACUGGAACAACAAACAACUCCUUUUGGAAAUCAAGUCGGAAGUCUUACUAUGAAGACUGCAGUGUAUUACUUGCCUCAUGGAGCUCCAUAACGUAAAUAGUCCCCAUGUCAUCUCUUUGGUAUAUAACAGAAAUAUUCUCUGACAAACUUGACGCCAACAUAAAUGAAUAUUGCAUAAUAAGAAUAUAGAUCAGAGAUGAAUUGUUUUAGAUAAAUACAAUACCAAAAUUAUGUAAGAUUCAUAUUGCAUUGAUAAUAUAUUUGUGCUUUUCAGUUGUCUGUAUGCAAUUACUUUCCACUUUGCACAAAUGACUUGAUUUACAAUGAUAUUCAGCAUUUAAAAAGAUAUUUUCAUUAUUUCACAAUGAUUUAAAAACAAUGUUUGGAAAAAAAAAUUAACUGCAACUCUGCCCGAACAUAAACCCCCCACAUAAAGAAAGUGAUGCAAACUGCUAGAUUUGUCCUCUGGAAAAAAAAGUUAUGAUACAAUAUACAUUGAUAUGUUAUUUUCCCCUCUAACAAAGAAGGAAAAUAAUAUUGAUUUCAGUUUGGUAUUUUAGUAGCCUCUGAGUCUGAGGGAUACAAUAUGUAUGCUUGGUGAUAAAACUGUAUCUCAAACGAGUUGAAUGUCGAAGAAAGUAUAUAAACCUUAUUAUAGUCUUCUUCACUUCUUACUAUUCUCAUGUCUUGACAUGGUAUGAUUUAAUUCUUUCUUGAUAACUUUAUUUCCAAUCCUAAGGGAAAUACUGUUUCUUGUAUUUUUGAGCAGAUUCAUCCCUAUUUACCAGUUAUACGA